AUGAGGGAGUUUAAAGUCGUUAUAUUGGGAUCUGGAGGAGUGGGGAAGUCUGCCUUAACUGUACAAUUUGUUUCCAAUAAAUUCUUGGGUAAGUUUUGUUACAUUAUUGUUAUCUAUUUUUAGAUUACUCUAUGGUAGAAAGAACUAACUGAAUUGUUUAAAAAGGGUGGACAAAGUUAUAGUUCUGAGACAUGAAAAGUAUAAACUUGUGAUUUAUAAACAUCAAUUUAUUUUUUAGACUACUUUUGUCCGACAAUUGAAGACUUCUAUCGAAAAGAAAUAGAAGUCGAUGGAAAGCCGUCGGUGUUGGAGUUGUUGGACACAGCCGGGACAGAACAGUUUGCGUCGAUGAGGGAUCUUUAUAUCAAAAAUGGCCAAGGCUUUGUUGUUGUUUAUUCUAUCACAAACUUACAAUCUUUCCACGAUAUACGAACGAUGCGCGAUCAGAUCGUUCGUGUCAAGGUGAGUUGGUUUACAUACAUUACGUUUCAUUCCUUAGUGUUUCCAAAGAAAAUUUACUUGUCAAGAAUCACUUAGAAGUAGAUUUUGUAUAUCAAUUUUGUGUUUUUGUUUAUUGUUUUGUUUUAAUCAGGCAUCUGUAGCAGAUUUUUGAGUUUUUAGGUAGUAAAUUAAAAUGGAAACUAUUUUUAAUGCUUUUCUUUGUUUUUCAGGGUACCGACCAAGUUCCAAUUUUGUUAGUGGGUAACAAAUGUGAUCUGUCACAUCAGCGACAAGUCCGAACGGAAGAAGGUGCAGCUCUAGCUGAACAAUGGGGCUGUCCUUUUGCCGAAUGUAGUGCCAAGAACGCCCAUAAUGUGAAUACGGUGUUUGCGGAGAUUGUGAGAGAGAUCAACUACGUUCAGAAUGCACAAACAAAACAACAGUCGGGAUGCUGCACGAUAUCUUAA